UGAAGCACUUAUCCUGUGUGCAGUCAGCUGACCAGGCACAGUGAAUGCAGCUGAGUUAGACGCAUCAUGGACGCUCUGCUCAAGUUCGCAGCGCUGUUGUUCUUGGUUACCGCUUGUCAGGGGCGGCACGAAAGCCUGUACAGCACUCCUAACCUUAUAGAUUCUGCAUAUGGUUCACUAUGGCCGCUGCCGCAAAAAGUGCAGACAUCACCCGCGGUGUUCAGUCUCAGCGGCGCAAGUUUCCAGAUAGUGCACUCUUCGGAGUCCUCAGCCGGUCCGAACUGCCACCUUCUACAAAAUGCGUUCCGCAGGUACUUCGAGUACAUGUUUGGGUUCAUGAAAAAGCAGGGGAGGUAUAAGAGCGCGCUGGCCUCGGAAGUGUCGGAGCUGCAGGUGUGGAUCACAUCGACUGAUUCGGAGUGUGACGAUUAUCCUACUGUAUCAUCUGAUGAGUCAUAUGAACUCAGUGUUGACCAGCCCAUUGCUGUACUGAAAGCUGCAAAGGUGUGGGGAGCUCUUAGAGGACUUGAGACUUUCAGCCAGUUGGUGUAUGAAGAUGCCUAUGGAGCAAAGAGCAUCAACAAAACUGAGAUAGCAGACUUCCCCAGGUUUGCCCAUCGUGGCAUCUUACUGGACUCCUCCCGUCACUUUCUGCCAGUCAAAGUCAUUCUGGCAAAUCUGGAAGCCAUGGCGAUGAACAAGUAUAAUGUUUUCCACUGGCACAUUGUAGACGACCACUCCUUUCCCUACCAGAGUCCUACAUUCCCUGACCUCAGCCAAAAGGGGGCCUACCAUCCAUACACACACAUUUAUACACCCACAGAUGUGAAGAUGGUGAUCGAGUUUGCACGGAUGAGGGGUAUUCGUGUGGUCUCGGAGUUUGACACUCCAGGGCACACACUAUCAUGGGGCAAAGGUCAGAUGGGGCUCCUGACCCCUUGUUAUAGUGGGGACACGCCCACGGGAACCUUUGGGCCUGUCAACCCCAUCCUGAACUCCACCUAUGAGUUCAUGACCCAGUUCUUCAAGGAGGUCAGCAGUGUCUUCCCCGAUGCCUACGUCCACUUGGGUGGAGAUGAGGUGGAUUUUACCUGCUGGAAAUCAAACCCUGAUAUUCAAAAAUUCAUGAGUCAACAAGGGUUUGGCCAGGACUACAGCAAACUGGAGUCUUAUUACAUCCAGAAAAUUCUGGACAUUGUCGCUGCAACCAACAAGGGCUACAUGGUUUGGCAAGAAGUGUUUGACAACGGGGUUAAGAUCAAGCCAGAUGCACUCAUUCAGGUGUGGAAGGGAAACGAGGAGAAGUACAAGAAGGAGCUGGCCUCCAUCACAGCAGCGGGCUUCCAAACCCUACUCUCCAGCCCCUGGUACCUCAACCGCAUCUCCUACGGGCAGGACUGGCAGCAGAUUUACAAAGCUGACCCCCACAAUUUCGAUGGCACUGAGGAACAGAAGAAAAAGGUUGUAGGUGGAGAGGCCUGUCUAUGGGGUGAAUAUGUAGAUGCCACCAACCUCACACCCAGACUCUGGCCGAGGGCGAGUGCUGUGGCCGAACGGCUAUGGAGUGACAAAGACGUGACAAACAUCGACGACGCCUACAGUCGCCUCACCCAGCACCGCUGCCGCAUGGUCCAGCGAGGAAUCCCCGCUGAGCCCUUGUUCGUGGGGCACUGCGAUCACGAGUACAAAGGCUUGUGAUGACUCACUAUCAGUGGAAGCUGAAACGCAGAGCCGUGUAAACAUGAAGAGUCCACAAUCGCAUUCUGAGCUUUGUCCUUUUUAAAGCAAUAGCCUAAUCGAAGGGGAUCACCUUCCAUUGCUACUUUCUAACCGAAAAACUCAUCACUUGAAAAACUAAAUGGAGAUUUGUUUUUGUGCAAUAUUCUGCUUCAAUGAACAAUGAUUUUGAGCCACCUUUUUUAUAAGUGUUUGUAUGGAC